CUCGUCCCUGCAGGCCGUGCCCCGGCCCACUGUCCCCGCACCAUGUCGGACGGCGAGGGCCCCUCGGCUGAUGACAGCGCCUCCGCCGCCAGCAGCAUGGAGGUGACGGACCGCAUCGCGUCCCUGGAGCAGCGGGUCCAGGUGCAGGAAGAUGACAUCCAGCUGCUGAAGUCCGCACUGGCCGACGUGGUGCGGAGGCUGAACCUCGCCGAGGAGCAGCAGGCCUCGCUGAACCGGAAAGGCCCAACCAAAGCCAGGCCACUGGUGCAGACCCUGCCUUUAAGAACCACUGUCAACAAUGGCACCGUGUUACCAAAGAAAUCCACGGGCUCCCUGCCCUCCCCGUCCGGGGCCAGGAGAGAGAUGGCCAUGCCUGCAACCAAGAGUACCAUCAAAAGGACCAGCUCUUCGGAGAGAGUCUCCCCCGGUGGUCGAAGGGAGAGCUACGGAGACUCCAAAGGAAACCGGAACCGGACGGGCUCCACCAGCAGUUCUUCCAGCGGCAAAAAGAACAGUGAAAGCAAACCCAAGGAGCCCGUGUUCAGCUCAGCCCUUCUGUCUCUGUCUCCGAAAUCCCAAGGGAAACGCCGGGUGACACACUGCCAAGAGGAAGGCUACGUGAAGAUGUUCCUGCGGGGACGCCCUGUGACCAUGUACAUGCCCAGGGAUCAGGUGGAUUCUUACAACCUGGAAGCGAGAGUGGAGCUCCCCACCAAGAGACUGAGGCUGGAGUGGGUCUACGGGUACCGGGGUCGAGACUGCCGGAACAACCUGUACCUGCUCCCCACGGGGGAGACGGUGUACUUCAUCGCGUCGGUGGUCGUGCUGUACAACGUGGAGGAGCAGCUCCAGAGGCACUACGCCGGCCAUAAUGAUGACGUCAAGUGCCUCGCGGUUCAUCCGGACAGGAUCACCAUAGCAACAGGACAAGUGGCAGGUACAUCGAAGGAUGGGAAACAACUGCUCCCGCACGUGCGCGUCUGGGACUCCGUGUCGCUGAACACGCUGCACGUCCUCGGAGCCGGCUUCUUUGACCGAGCUGUCACCUGCAUUGCUUUCUCAAAAUCGAAUGGAGGGAGCAACCUGUGCGCUGUGGAUGACUCCAACGACCAUGUGCUGUCCGUGUGGGAGUGGCAGAAGGAGGGGAGGCUGGCCGAUGUGAAGUGCUCUAACGAAGCCGUGUUUGCCGCGGACUUCCACCCCACUGACACCAACGUCAUCGUCACCUGUGGAAAGUCCCACCUCUACUUCUGGACCCUGGACGGCAGCUCCCUCAUCAAGAAGCAGGGGCUGUUUGAGAAACAAGAGAAGCCUAAGUUUGUCCUCUGCGUGACCUUCUCCGAGAACGGUGACACCAUUACCGGCGACUCAAGCGGCAACAUCUUAGUCUGGGGAAAAGGGACAAACCGAAUAAGCUACGCGGUACAAGGGGCCCACGAGGGCGGCAUCUUCGCACUCUGUAUGCUGAGGGACGGCACGCUGCUGUCCGGAGGAGGGAAGGACCGGAAACUCAUCUCCUGGAAUGCCAGCUGCCAGAAGCUGCACAAGACCGAGAUCCCAGAGCAGUUCGGGCCCAUCCGGACGGUGGCCGAGGGCAAAGGGAAUGUUAUUUUGAUCGGCACCACGAGGAACUUUGUUCUCCAGGGCACGCUGGCCGGGGACUUCACGCCCAUCACCCAGGGUCACACAGACGAGCUCUGGGGCCUAGCUGUCCAUGCCUCCAAGCCCCAGUUCUUGACCUGUGGGCACGACAGGCACGCCACCCUCUGGGAUGCUGUUGAUCACCGGCCCGUUUGGGACAAGGUCAUUGAGGAUCCAGCCCAGUCUUCCGGGUUUCACCCUUCAGGGUCUGUGGUUGCCGUGGGAACACUGACUGGGAGGUGGUUUGUGUUCGACACGGAAACGAAGGACUUGGUCACAGUCCACACGGAUGGGAACGAGCAGCUGUCCGUCAUGCGGUACUCACCAGACGGGAACUUCCUGGCGAUCGGCUCCCACGACAACUGCAUCUACAUCUACGGGGUCAGCGACCUCGGGAGGAAAUACACUCGAAUCGGCAAGUGCUCGGGUCAUUCCAGCUUUAUCACACACUUGGACUGGUCGGUGAACUCCCAGUUCCUGGUGUCAAACUCAGGAGACUACGAAAUCCUGUACUGGGUUCCCUCUGCCUGUAAGCAGGUCGUCAGCGUGGAGACGACAAGAGACAUUGAAUGGGCAACGUACACCUGCACUUUGGGGUUCCCUGUCUUUGGCGUGUGGCCAGAAGGCUCUGAUGGCACGGACAUCAACGCCGUGUGCCGGGCCCACGAGAAGAAGCUGCUGUCCACCGGAGACGACUUCGGCAAAGUGCACCUCUUCACUUACCCUUGCUCCCAGUUCAGGGCCCCAAGCCACGUGUAUGGCGGGCACAGCAGUCACGUCACCAACGUGGACUUCCUGCACACAGACAGCCACCUCAUCUCCACAGGCGGCAAGGACACAAGCAUCAUGCAGUGGCGGGUCAUCUAGCCCCCAACGAAGCAUGGGGGCCAGAGGUCCUGGGCCCCCCGCCCACCCCACCCCCUGCAGACACAGACUCCCACUACACUUGGUCACUGUGAUUCCUGCCCUGUUAUCAAGCGUCUCCCAAACCUCAGGAAAAAGGUGCCCUCAGACAGCUCCCUUCACCUGGAGAAUGGUGGGCGUUGCCUCUGCUACACGUAUGGGACAGCACUGGGGGGGCCGUCAACAAAGACCCCAAGGUUUACGUUACACCCACAGACCAGGCUGCCAGCGCAGGCCUGGUCACUUUUCUAUGAACUCUGCAAUGGUCACAGAAUGCCUUCCAAAACCUUGUGUGUCGUCUCGCGGGUGCCUGCCUGGCCUGCUGAGUGGGGCACUGAGGACAGAAUGAGGUUCUGAAUCGCCGGGCGGUGGGCCCUCUGGGGUGAGUUGGUUGAGCAGGAAGAGAGAAACUGGUCAGCACAGCUGAGUCGGGGGACACACAGCCAGGGGUUCUAGGCUCUCAUUUCCAAGAUCUCAAUAACCCUUGGGGGCGGGACAGGGAUGAGCCUGAUGAGGAAGCGCGGUGUGGAGGGGUGGGUGCCAGCAUCCUUCUCAUCUACUGCAGACUGACUGGUCCAGGGGGCACUCCCCCUGGGACAGCCCUGCCUAACCAAGAGUAGCCCCUCAGGGGGAGGGCAUGUGGCUGGUGUCCUCCACCCCCCACCCCCCCUGCUCGCUGCCCCACAAGCGGUCAAGACACGGAACCAGCACCUUCCUCCGGGUAGCAGCCCAGCCGGCCUGGUGCAGGGUUGUGCUUGGACAGGGAGCUAGCGGUUCCGAAGAAGCACACCAGGCUAGGCUCUCCUGCCCCAUGCUGAUGGACGUUGUAUUUUUGUAUUUUAAAACCAAGUGUAGACCAAGUCAGAAAGAUGAGUUUGAAGUGCACGGUGAACCAGCCUGGGAACUCCCAGCAGGGUCCCAGGAAGCACCCUGGGACGGCUCCUCCCACCGGGUGGCCAGGUUGGCUGGUAGAGUCACCUGUCAUCUGCAGCCUAACUUUGUCACGAAGGCCUUAGGCAUGUCGCUCAUGUGACAGAUUAAGACCUGCUGUUUACACUGGGGACUGCCUCUCAGACUGUCAACAGGAAAGCAGCAGGUAGGCGGCUUCAAACCCCAGCCCCAGCUGCAUGCCCGUCCCCAGCCAGCUGACCAACAGCCCGGGUCUGCUCGGCAACACUGGUUGCGUAGCACAGUGGGCAGGCCAGGAACUGGCAUUGGUAUGUACCUGUUAUCACAUAUAUUCGAUGACGAAAUAAAACCACAGCGGUGGAUUUCCUAUAGACCACGUUUAUGAAAGUAUACGAAUUAAAAUAUUUAAAAUGA